AUUGGUGCCUCUCUCUUUGCCAGUAACAUUGGAAGUGGGCAUUUUGUGGGAAUAGCAGGAACCGGAGCGGCUGCCGGUAUUGCAAUUGGAGGGUUUGAAUGGAAUGCUCUUGUUGUGGUCAUCAUUCUGGGAUGGCUUUUUGUGCCCAUUUACAUAAAGGCUGGGGUCGUGACCAUGCCAGAGUACCUAAAGAAACGCUUUGGUGGGCAGCGCAUCCGUAUCUACCUGUCUGUGCUGUCGCUGUUUCUUUAUGUCUUCACCAAAAUCUCUGCAGACAUGUUUGCAGGAGCUAUUUUCAUCAACCAGGCUUUGGGACUCAACAUUUACCUGGCUGUGAUUAUUUUGCUGCUGAUUACAGCUCUUUAUACAGUAACAGGUGGACUAGCUGCAGUCAUCUACACAGACACUCUUCAGACCAUCAUCAUGAUUGUGGGAUCAAUUAUUCUCAUGGGCUUUGCGUUCAAUGAGGUUGGAGGCUAUGAGAACUUCAAGGACCGUUAUAUGACUGCCAUCCCAUCAGUGGUAGGUGUAAACAUCAGUGAAGCAUGCUACACUCCUCGUGCAGACUCCUUUCACAUUUUUAGAGACCCCAUCUCUGGUGAUCUGCCCUGGCCCGGACUCAUCUUUGGUCUCACUAUCCAGGCUGCUUGGUACUGGUGCACUGAUCAGGUGAUUGUGCAGCGUUGUCUGUCUGCCAAGAACAUGUCUCAUGUAAAAGCUGGCUGCAUCCUGUGUGGUUAUCUCAAACUUCUGCCCAUGUUCCUUAUGGUUUUCCCUGGCAUGAUCAGCAGAGUGCUCUACACAGAUGAGAUUGCGUGUGUGGAUCCAGAUGAGUGUGACUACUACUGUGGAACCAGUGUAGGCUGCACAAAUAUUGCUUAUCCCAAACUAGUGGUGGACCUGAUGCCAAACGGUCUCAGAGGAUUGAUGUUGUCUGUCAUGCUGGGCUCUCUGAUGAGCUCACUCACCUCCAUCUUUAACAGUGCCAGCACACUCUUCACCAUGGACAUCUACACCAAGAUCCGCCCCAAGUCUAAGGAAAAGGAGCUCAUGAUCGCUGGCAGGUUGUUUAUACUGGUUCUUAUCGGUGUGAGUAUUGCAUGGAUUCCCAUUGUUCAGUCGGCUCAGAGCGGGCAGCUCUUUGACUACAUUCAGUCCAUUACCAGUUAUCUGGCUCCACCCAUCGCUGCCGUCUUCACCCUCGCCAUUUUCUGCAAGCGAGUCAAUGAACCAGGUGCUUUUUACGGGUUGUGUAUUGGUCUGUUGGUGGGUCUAGCACGUAUGAUAACUGAAUUUGCAUAUGGCACGGGCAGCUGCGUGGCACCCAGUAACUGUCCUACGAUCAUCUGUGGUGUGCACUACCUUUACUUUGCCCUCAUCCUCUUCGGUCUGUCGUGUAUAUUGAUACUGGGCAUCUCCCUCAUGACCAAACCCAUUGAUGACAAACAUCUGCACAGGCUUUGCUGGAGUUUGAGGAACAGCACUGAAGAGAGGAUAGAUUUAGAGGAAGAUGACUGGACUGAUAAUCAAGAUUCCAGCUCUAUGGACAUGGAAGUUACGAAUAAGCCUGAGAAAAAAAAAGCAUUAUUUAGAAAUGGCUACAACUGGUUCUGUGGCUUUGAUCAGGGGAAUGCCCCUAAACUGACUAAAGAGCAGGAGGCAGAGAUGAAGAUGAAGCUCACUGACACGUCUGAAAAACCGCUGUGGAGAAAUGUGGUUAACACUAAUGCUAUUAUCCUCCUCACCGUCUGUGUCUUUUUCCAUGGAUUCUAUGGUUAAAAAAAGCACCUAAUGUUUGCUAAAUGUAUUUGAAACAGCUAAUACUGUAAGAAACAGGAACUAUCAGAGCUAUUCUGUGGACAGAAGCCAAAUAUAUAUAGCCUAUAAAAUAUAUAUUGUUGAAGGUUAUAGAGUUCCUCUUCAAACACUUUCUACUUACAACAUCCUUG